AAAAUAAGACGGGUCAUUUUUUUGGGUCUAACCAUGGUCUAACCGUUUUCCUUUGCCUGUUUUUGUCAACGAACAUUAAUUUAAGUGUGACUUUUGAGUUAAUUUUUCCUAUAAACCUCAAUUAUUGUGAUACUGGACAGAUGAAUGCUGUUAUCGGCCUGUGUCAUUUUUGCGAAGCCCAUGGCCCUCGUCCUCUAUUUUGUACAUUUACAACGGAUAACGAAAAUCACACAAAAGAAUAUUCAAAGCCUUCAGUAGAAUGUACGGGAUGCACUUCCCUUGGUCCAGAAACAAUACUGGUGUCGAAAGAUGACGACGGUACCAUUUUCUGUAGCAGAGAAUCUGUAUUAAAUACUGAUGUCACUGCGUUCUUAAGACAAGCUGCUAUAAGGAGUAUCACUUGUGAAGUUAGUUGGAGCAAAGAAGGUGGAAUUGUAUACUUUAGUGAUACACAAGGUCAUGUGCUAAGCCUCAAUUUCCAGAUCAAGGAUACAAGAGCACGUGGUUUGAAACGCUGGUUCUCCAUUGUAGUACUUAUGAAGGAUAAGAUGUUAUUACUCAAUAUUACACCGGUUUUAUCUGAACACAUGCAGAAAAUAGCAAAGGAAUUGCAACAGUCUGCUGAAAUUGUAUAUGACAAGGAACAAAAAGUAUGUACACAAAGAGCACUAAGACUAAGAACUGGCCGAAAUGAUUUUGGACAAUCGAGGUCUCUCAAACAACUAACAGGUGAUGAAGAUGUAUUUAAGAGAUUACACACACAUUUCACUUGGAUGUUAAAAGCAGGAGCCUUAACAUACUCAGAGACUCUACACACAAGUGAUAAUAUGCUCAAGAGACUUAAUCCACAAAUGGUCAAGAAUACAAUUUUCAGUACCAAUGCAUGUGACGUGCUGUGUGAUAAUGAAUGCAUGACCUUAAGAGCUUUGGAAAAUAUGUUAUCAAAAUCUGUUUUUAGGAUUUUGCUGUACUGCACACUUACAGGAGUUGAUAUUUUUAUAAGACCAAAUACAGCUGAAAAAGAUACUAUUAUCAAUGCAUUGAAGAGAUUAACACCUACAAAUCAAAAUUAUCCAAAUGUUUCAGUGGGUGAUGAUAAUUGCAAACCAAUUCCUGUUGAUAACAUUUGUAUUUUGGAACGAACACAAAAUAGCUUUAGUUGCACAUGGUCUGGUGUAGUACCUAAUAAAUGUCCUACUUUAAUGGGCAGAAUAGAGUAUGCCAUAAGUAAUCCAAAAUUCAAUGAUGCAGUACUUCAUCAACAUGUUAAAUCAUUAACAUUAGAAUGGCUAGGGAUCGUGAAAGCAGUAAAAUCAGGAAUAGAUGCAUCAGGACCAAGAUCAGAUGCUGUGGUGAACUUGAAAAAGGUGUUUGGCAUAACACCUCAUGAUGAUAUAUUGGUUCGAUUCUGGAUCGAUGCCUUCUGUACAUAA